AUGUCACGUAUUAUUGUUAAAGGAUUGCCUGUCUAUGCUGCAGAAGACCGCAUACGAGAACACUUCGGCAAGCAGGGUGAGGUCACUGAUGUGAAGCUGAUGAAGAAGAGAAAUGGAGAAUCCAGAAAGUUUGCAUUCGUGGGUUACAAGACCUUUGAAGAUGCUGAGAAGGCCGUGAGGUAUUUUAAUCGCGCUUUUAUGGACACUGCUAGGCUAGAUGUGCAGCUCGCUAAAAGUUUUGCUGAUCCAGAUGUCCCGCUAUCCUGGAAGGACAAGAAGAGGGCUGCUGACGAAAGGGCCAACAGAGACGAAGAAAGACUACAGCUGCUGGAGGCCCAGAAGAACAGCAAGAGGCAGAGAAUCAAUCCUAUUGCAGCUGUUGACAGUAAGAUUGCUCAAGACUUCAAACUGCAAGAGUUCAUGGAAGCAGUGAAACCUUCAGCUCAGCAGCAGACCUACGCUGCCAACGUGGCUGCCAGUAACGCCGCGAAUCCUUCAUCUGUUGAGCUUGAGAAGGUCUUAGAAGCCAAGGCUGCUCCGGUGAUCACUGCUCGUGAGGAAGAAAGUGAUGACGAGUACGAAACCUUCAACAAGAAAGAAGACGACGAGACUGAGCAAGUGGACAUUGAUGAGCCAAUGGUUUCCCUAUCUGCGUUCUCAGCUCCAGAAGAGAAUGAGGAUGCAGCCGAAAUAGAGAGUACAGAAGGCAUGACUGACCUAGACUGGUUGAAAUCCAGAAGAACCAGAAUGAAAGAACAAAAUGAUGAAACACAUGAAGAAAAAGAACUGAAGGAAAAGACAGAAGUCAAGUCAGAUGUUGUAGCUCAGGAGAUCGAGCCAGUCCAAAAAGAGCAUAUCGAAACAGAGAGCGAAAAAACUGAGAGGAUAAUAUACGAGACUGGUCGCUUGUUUUUGCGAAACAUCUCCUACUCUUCUUCCGAGGAUGAUUUCAGAGACUUGUUUUCUCCGUACGGUGCGUUGGAAGAGGUGCAUAUUGCCAUUGACACACGGACGAACACGAACAAAGGGUUUGCGUAUAUCAAAUUUGAGAAUCCAAGGGCCGCUUUGAAGGCAUUCCACGAACUGGACAAACAGAUUUUUCAAGGCAGACUGUUGCACAUCUUGCCUGGUAAAGCCAAGAAAGACCACAGACUAGAUGAGUUUGAUCUUAAGAAUUUGCCUCUAAAGAAGCAGCGUGAACUCAAGAAAAAGGCUGAUGCUUCUAAAGCUCAAUUUAGCUGGAACUCACUCUAUAUGAGCCAGGACGCGAUCCUGGAUUCCGUUGCCCAAAAGAUGGGAAUUGCCAAAUCCGACAUUAUCGAUGCCCAGGACAGUAACUCGGCAGUGAAGCAAGCCUUGGCGGAAGCUCAUGUUAUUGGCGAUGUCAGAAAAUACUUUGAAACAAAAGGCGUCGACUUGACCUCUUUUGACAGAAAAGAGAAGGAUGACAAGAUCAUUCUCGUGAAGAACUUCCCCUUUGGUACGACGAUACAGGAAAUCACUGAGAUGUUUGCCGAGCACGGCCAAUUGAAGAGAACGCUGAUGCCACCUGCUGGGACGAUUGCAAUCGUUGAAUAUUUGGAUGCACCUUCUGGGAGAUCGGCUUUCUCGAAGUUGGCAUUCAGAAGAUUUAAGAAGUCGAUUCUGUAUCUUGAAAAGGGCCCUAAGAACCUUUUCACCUCAGAGGCUACUGCAGAUGAUGUUGUGGAACUUCUAAAAGAAGAUGAGAAAGCACCGGCUACUCUUUCUUCUACUGAUAUCUUGGAGACCGCAGAAAAGGACGAUGAUCAGAUCGAUGGACCAACCGUCUCGGUAUUUGUGAAAGGCUUGAAUUUUGCUACCACCCAAGCUGAUCUCGCAGAUUUCUUCAAAGCUUUGCCAGGAUUCGUCGUUGCAGUCAUCAAGACUAAACCUGACCCCAAAGAUUCUAAAAAGGUUCAGAGCAUGGGAUUCGGUUUCGUCGAAUUCCGUACCAAGCAACAAGCUGAAGCCGCGAUUUCGACGAAGAGUGGUACCAGUUUGGAUGGUUAUAAUCUUCAGCUCAAGCUAUCUCACAGACAAGCGGGCCAGGCUUCUAGCGUUGAGAAAUCCAAGAAAUCCGCCAAAAUUAUUGUCAAGAAUUUGCCUUUUGAGGCCACUAGAAAGGACGUGUUCGAGCUGUUCAGUGCUUUUGGCCAGCUGAAAUCCGUCAGAGUUCCAAAGAAGUUUGACAAGUCUGCUCGUGGAUUUGCUUUCGUCGAGUUUGUCUUGUCCAAAGAGGCUGAAUCAGCAAUGGACCAACUUCAAGGCGUGCAUUUGCUCGGUCGUAGGCUGGUUAUGCAAUAUGCUGAACUGGAAUCUGUUGAUGUUGAAAGCGAGAUUGAAAAGAUGACCAAGAAGGCCAAAAAACAAGCAGCCACCAGGCAAUUGGCUGCUCUGCAGAGUUCUAGCAAACAAAAAAUGGAUCUUGAAGAAGACGACGGUAAAUUUAGUCUAGACAGAGAAUGA